ACAAGAAAACAGGUUUAAGUUUAACCACAUUCGCAGCAGAAAAGAGCAAAUUCGUUGAGAGAGAAAAAUGAGCGGGGACACGAAGAAAGCCGGGAAUGGAUCGGGAGUAGCAGGCGGAGGAGGAUUUCGAGCUACGUUGGAGCAUUAUUUGUAUAGUGGUGAGAAAAAGCAUGUCGCUGCAGGAAUCGCCGUUAUAGGAGUCCUCUUUGGUAUUCCCUGGUACCUCAUGAAUCGGGGUUCAAAGCAUCAAUCUCAUCAAGAUUACUUGGAAAGGGCUGACAAAGCUAGGAGUGAAAGACUUUCUGCUGGUUCAUCCUUAACCAGAUGAAGACAAGUGGAAUCCUUCAACAAAUUUCUCUAUUGCUCUCUCUUUUGUAUGACAUUAACAGGUUAUUAGGAGAGAAAAUUCAUGUAUUCCUUGUUACCGGUGAGAGUGAUAGUUUUGAUGUUAUUUGUACCACCAAACAAGUCAGCAAAGAAAUAGGAGUUAAUGGCAGGUUGUCAAAUAAUAACAUUUCUCAAUUCAGUGGGAUAUAAUGAAACCCUAUGCAAGGAUCAGAGUCUACUUGCAUGUUAUCCUGGA